AUGGCAACUACACAACAAGUACAGCAACUACGGCAACUACAGCAACAACUACAGCAACUAAGGCAACUACAGCAACUACACCUACAGAAACAAGUACAGCAACUACAGCAACAACUACAGCAACUAUGGCAACUACACCAACUAAGGCAACUACACCUACAGCAACAACAACAGCAGCAACUAAGGCAACUACUCCUACAACUAUAGCAACUAAGGCAACUACAGCAACAACUGACAAAACUACAGCAACAGCAACUAAGGCAACGACAGCAACUAUACCUACAACUACACAACGACAGCAACAACAGCAACUACAACCAGAGGAACCACGGCAACUAUGCCAACUACAACCGACAUGGCAACCGCAACUGCAACUACAGCAAGCAAUCGAAGGACUGCCCCAGACGCAACAGCAACUACAACUCCAGCAACAACAGCAACUAUGGCAACUACACCUGA